AUGUCAGUCCAGACGGUCUCCAUCCAGCCCUUCGCGGAUCAGAAGCCGGGCACUUCUGGGCUUCGCAAGAAGGUCAAGGUCUUCCAGCAACCCCACUACUCCGAGUCCUUCAUUACCAGCAUCCUCCUGUCGAUCCCCGAGGGUGUCGAGGACUCCUUCCUGGUCAUUGGUGGCGAUGGCCGUUAUUAUAACACUGAGGUGAUCAGCAAGAUCGGGAAGAUCGCGGCCGCCUACGGCGUCAAGAAGCUGCUGGUUGGCCAGAAUGGCAUCAUGAGCACCCCCGCGGCCAGCAACCUGAUCCGCGUGCGGAAGGCUACUGGCGGUAUUCUUCUGACUGCCAGUCACAACCCCGGUGGUCCCAACGCCGACUUUGGUAUCAAGUACAACCUGGCCAACGGUGCCCCCGCCCCUGAAACUGUGACCAACAAGAUCUACGAGACCUCCAAGGCUCUGACCUCUUACAAAUACAUUGACAUUCCCGAUAUCGACACCUCGAGCAUUGGCACCAAGAGCUAUGGCCCCCUCGAGGUCGAGGUUGUCCACUCGACGGCUGACUACGUGACCAUGAUGAAGGAGAUCUUCGACUUCGAUCUGAUCAAGGAGUUCCUCAGCACCCACAAGGACUUCAAGGUCCUCUUCGAUGGCAUGCACGGUGUGACCGGCCCAUACGGAGUGGACAUCUUCGUCAAGGAGCUCGGGUUGCCCGCCAGCAGCACCAUGAACUGCGAGCCCAAGCCGGACUUCGGCGGUGGUCACCCUGACCCCAACCUCGUAUAUGCGCACGAGCUUGUGGAAGCCGUUGACAAGAACGGCGUGCACUUUGGUGCUGCCAGUGACGGUGACGGUGAUCGCAACAUGAUCUACGGUGCCAACAGUUUCGUCUCUCCCGGUGACAGCUUGGCUAUUAUCGCGCACCAUGCUCAGCUUAUCCCCUGGUUCCAGAAGCAGGGUGUCUUCGGCCUGGCUCGCUCGAUGCCUACCUCUGGCGCCGUCGAUCGUGUCGCUCAGGCCCAGGGCCUGCAGAGCUACGAGGUGCCCACUGGCUGGAAGUUCUUCUGCAACCUGUUCGAUAACAAGAAGAUCUCCAUCUGUGGUGAGGAGAGUUUCGGUACUGGCAGCAACCACAUUCGCGAGAAGGAUGGUGUCUGGGCCAUCGUUGCCUGGCUGAACAUCAUCGCCGGUGUCGCCAAGCAGAAGCCCAACGAGACCCCCAGCAUCGCGUCCAUCCAGAACGACUUCUGGAAGACCUACGGACGCACCUUCUUCACCCGCUACGACUACGAGAAUGUCGAUAGCGAUGGUGCCAACAAGGUUGUCGGCACUCUAUCCGACCUGGUCGCCAGCGACUCCUUCAUCGGCUCCACCAUCGCCUCCCGCAAGGUCGUCGAUGCCGGCAACUUCUCCUACACCGACCUCGACGGCAGUGUCUCCAAGAACCAAGGCCUGUACGCCAAGUUCGACGACGGCAGCCGUAUCGUCGUCCGUCUGUCCGGUACCGGCAGCAGCGGCGCUACUAUCCGCCUCUACGUUGAGCGCUACGAGAGCGACAGCUCGAAGUUCGGCCUCAGCGCCCAGGAGUACCUGGCCGACAAUGUUUCUCUGGCGCUGUCUCUGCUCAAGUUCAAGGAGUAUGUCGGCCGUGAGGAGCCUGAUGUCAAGACCUAG